AUGCGCCAUCAUCUUACUGAGGAACUGAGAAAUCAGUAUCUACAUAUUGAGAAUCCUCGUGACCUUUGGACAGAAUUAAAGUCUAGAUACGCUAUGGUAUUAUUACCAAAGGUCAAACAUGAAUGGAUGAGUCUCAGAUUCCAAGACUUUGAGACAGUGGCCGAGUUUCAUUUUGCCUUGUCCAGGGUAGUGUACCAACUGAGAUUAUGUGGAGAAGAGGUAACAGAUAAUGAUGUUCUAUUCAAGACAUACUCCACAUUCCAUCCAGAAGAUUUGUUGUUAAAACAUAUCUACAUAGAAAGAGGUUCUACCACUUACAAUGACCUGAUCUCUUGCCUAACGGUGAUUGAGAAUGACAAGGUACUAAAGAGGAACAGUGAGAUGAGAUACCCUGAUACAAAUGAGACCGAUAUAGAUCAGGAUGAAUCCAAGGGAGCCGUGUCCAAUAUAACUCAAGGAGUGGCCGGCAUGUCUAUUGACUAA